GUGUGUGCUGUUCGCCUUACCUGUUCACACACAGUUCUGUAUCCCUUGUCUCUCUCUUACUCUAUUGUCUAUUUGAAUUUGAGGCCAGCAACAAAAUAAUUUCCUCAUGUUUUGAGAAGAGAGACACACCGAGACGCUCCUGAAUCAUGACAAUGAGUUUCUUUGGAAAAUUUAAACCCAGUGGGCCUCCAGCUCCACCCCAAAGGAUAGAGAACAAUGCGGGGUAUGGUGGGUGGCCAGAAGAUGAGUUUGAUGAGGAGGAUGGGGACACAUAUGAGGCGCCCCCCUGUGAGAGACCCGCCUUGAAGGUUCCUUCCAGACAUGUGGAGGAGAACGUCUAUUUGGAGAGGACGUCAGAGCGGUCCAAUCCUGUUCUCCCCAAAAGGCAGGCAGCUCCACCCCCAAGGCCAGCCAAGAUGGCGCCCAUGGGCAAAGCAUUGAAACAGCAGCCUCACCAGCAGACUCACCCUAAGGAGUUCUACAUUGACCCCAACACCAAGAAACGAGAAUUCACUCUCUCUCCCUCUCUAGCGCCUGAAGUAGAUAGGAAGGAGAAGCCAGGGAAGAGGUCUACUCCUAAGAAGUCUGCCCCUCCUCCUUCCCCUACUCCCGCCUCUCCCUCACCACCUGCAGAGGAAGAUGUCUACCUGGAUCCUAAUGAAGGACAGGGAGACAGUGAUGACCUGUAUCUAGAGCCCACAGCAGCUUUCCCCCCUGCUCCUCGCGGGCCCAUGAGGAUGCCCCUCCCACCCAAGACAGCAGCUGCCCCUCCCCCCAUGCCCAUAAAACCUCCAGUGCCCAGAGCCGGGUCGAGUUCUCUAUUGGUCAGUGAGGCAAAGACAGCUCCUCCCCCUGAUAUCAGGCGCUCCAUGUUCCCUGGCAAGCUGCCCCCACCCACCCUGGGCAUCAAACCCCCCCUCCCCGCAUCACUAAAGGUACCCAAACCAAGCCCUCCUCCCCCUCCCACUAUAGACACUACUGCAGCAGUUUCUCCCUCUGGUAUGAAGACGACCAUACAGGCAGGAAAGGAGGAGAAAGAGUGGUUCGCUGGAAACUGCGAUAGAAAGACUGCCGAGGACCUCUUACUGCGGAUCAACAAGGACGGGGCAUUCCUGAUACGUCACAGUUCAGCCCAGAACGCCCGUCAGCCCUACACACUGGCUGUCCUAUACAGACAGAAGGUCUAUAACAUCCCCAUCCGCUUUCUGGAGGAGACUCACGGCUACGCCCUCGGAAAGGAGGGCAAAAAGAAUGAGGAGUUUUUCUGUAGUCUCCAGGAGAUCAUCUCUCACCACAAGAAUAACCAGCUGCUGCUGAUCGAUAGCAAGAGUCAAGCGAAGCACACCACGUAUCUCACUCACCCAGCUUGUCCAUAAACUACAUUACCCAUAACCCACACAAUGAAUCUACACCAGCCCGUCCAUAAAGUACAUUAAAUGCUACCAUUAAUAACUAAAUACAUUUGAUGACUAUUGAAGGUAGUACAUUUAUUUCCAAGUUAUGUUCCUCACCCACAUGUCCAUUACAACCCCUCUUUUUUUGUUUUGUGAUGAAAAUGGCUAGAAGUGUAUUACCGUAGAUCUGUGUACUGUAUGUGUUUGAGUGUUUUAAAGUAUGCUGUAAUUAUGCCUGUAUGACCUUAUCAUUUAUUUUUGGGGGGUAAAAAAUCUGAUUAAUUUGGUAACACCUGAAUAGAGUAGUGAGUAGUCUAUGAAAAUGUAUAUUCAAUACUUCAUCCUUGCUCCAACUCCAUUUUAUACAGUUUUGUUUCAGUGAUGGUGGAUUCACUUUUGGGUCUACACCUGUGUAAGUGUUGGUCAUCUGUAUGUUUCUAUUUAUAUAAUAAUAUAGACUGUAAUGUUCUGACA